CCGAAAACGCCUCUAAGUCAUAUGACAGCGGUACGCAACUGGAACGAGGAAGUGUCCGGUGACUGACUUCACGGAAAAAAAGGAACCGGGCGACCAACAGACAGACAAUACAGGAGCGGUAGAGCCAAGACAGAAAGGCCAUAGAACAGAUGGAGCUUGUGCUGCUCUGUUGUUUGCUCCUUGGAACCGGAUUUGUGAAAGGUGCCCCCUCUAGAGAUGAAAUAAUCUACCUGCCAGGGCUUGCUAAGCAGCCAUCAUUCCAGCAGUACUCCGGAUACCUGACCGUGCCGGGUAACAAACAUCUCCACUACUGGUUUGUGGAAUCUCAGAAAGAUCCUGGCUCCAACCCUGUUGUCUUGUGGCUGAAUGGGGGUCCUGGAUGCAGCUCACUUGAUGGACUUCUUACAGAACACGGCCCCUUUCUGAUCCAACCAGAUGGAGUGUCAUUGGAAUACAACCCCUACUCUUGGAACAAGAUUGCAAAUGUCCUGUACCUUGAGGCUCCAGUUGGUGUCGGUUUCUCUUAUUCAGAUGAUAAAAGCUAUCAGACUAAUGACACAGAGGUUGCUCACCUAAAUUACCUGGCAUUGAAGGAGUUUUUCCGCCUUUUCCCAGAAUUCAGUCAGAAUGACUUUUUCAUAACUGGGGAGAGUUAUGGAGGAGUUUAUGUUCCGUCACUGGCUGUAGAGGUCUCUCAGGACCCUGCUAUUAAUCUGAAGGGAAUCGCUGUGGGAAAUGGCUUGAGUAGCUAUGAAAUCAAUGACAAUUCAUUGAUUUAUUUCGCUUACUAUCAUGGUAUCUUGGGAAGCCAGCUGUGGACUGAAUUGCAAAAGUCAUGCUGUGAAGGAGGAAACUGUCAGUUUCAUGACAACCCUGAUCUUAAUUGUUCGUUAAGGGUGCAAGAGGCAAUGCAUGAUGUCUACAGCACAGGUCUAAAUAUCUACAACCUGUAUGAAGCAUGUGCAGGGGGCGCUCCUGGGGAGAUCAGGGACUAUGGCGAUCACAUUACUGUGUAUCAUCAUGGCAUACUUUCUCCUAAUGUUUUCAAACACUGGAGCAGGAAACUAGUGUCUCUGUCCCUUGUCCAGAAGCCUGUACGAAUGGACCCUCCCUGUGUAAACAGCACGGCUUCUAGCAAAUUCCUGAACAAUGAAUAUGUUAGGAAGGCCCUUAACAUACCUCCUGAGGUGCAGCAAUGGGAGGUCUGCAGCUUUGAUGUUUACAGAACAUAUGGACGAGUGUACCAGACCAUGAAAGACCAUUACAUGAAGCUGUUGAGUGCUAUGAAAUAUCGUAUUUUGGUAUAUAACGGAGAUGUGGAUAUGGCAUGCAACUUCCUUGGAGAUCAGUGGUUUGUGGAUUCUUUAGGACAAAAGCUGCAGGUUCAGCGUCGGCCAUGGCUGUAUAACGAAGGUGAUCAGCAACAAAUUGGUGGAUUUGUAAAGGAAUUUUCUAACUUGACCUUCCUUACCAUCAAGGGAGCUGGACACAUGGUUCCAACAGACAAACCCAUUGCCUCCUUCACCAUGUUCAGCCGUUACAUCAAAGAUGAGCCCUUCUAGCUCUGUAACCACUUCCGCUUAGCAUCCACUGUACAAAAUGUAUAUGGAACUGAAAGAUUCAAUGCACUGGAAACCUCAUUUUCUUAGAAAAUCCAUCUGGCAUAGGAUAUAUCAUGAGAUUUUCUUUCAUAUUGUUGUUGGAGCUGUGCUCUCCUCCUCAGGUUUUUUUCCCCAUUCAGGUUACACCAUAAGGGAAGGAGCACUUCCCUAUAUUAAAUUAUAUUAAAACAUUACAUUCAAGCUCUCUCAUGCAGUGAUCUGCAGGAGGGGGUCUUAUGAAUUUGUGGGCUAACAGUUUGUAAUGUUCUGGGGUGUUUAAAACGUUACUUGGCUUUUUACGUCUCCAUCUCUAGUGAUUAUCAUGUCUGCAUUUUCCUUAUUACAUUACUAUUGUUAAACUGGGUCAAUAAAGAAACACAUUUUA